GGGCGGACUCCUCGCCGUUUCCACGCCUCUUACUUUCACCCUCAUUGUGGUGAAUCUCCGGCUUCUCACACUCUCUGCCAGACUUCCAGGAGUUGCAUCGAGAAGGGAACGCCGACAACUUGUACAAAAGAAGAACGAAAACAAAAGCCGCAUGGAUUUGCCUUCACUUCCUCUGGGAUUUAAGGGCGCUGCGAUGGUCGCUGGAAAUGUUGGAGAGUCGAAGCGGAGAGGAAGGGCGCGCGCUCUCUACGCAGCCAAGUUGUAAAAGAAGUUCCUUUGAAGUUCGUGUUGUUCCGACACCAGCCCGCACACCAGCCCCUCCAGCUCGUGAACCUCCGACCAUCAUGGCGCGGCGCGCGGUGUGCAAACCGCCGGGCUUGGGCUCUGCUCUCCGGGAUAAACACCUCCGUUUUAACGGGAGCUCGGCGGCUUUCCCCCGGUACUUGGUUCUCCUUUGCCUGGCCGUCUCUGGCUGUGGAUACUGCGGAGCAGAGACGGAGUUUUCCAUCCUGGAAGAAGCUCAAAUUCUGGCGGAUCAGAUGAAAAAGCUGUCCUCUCAGGAGUUGGGAGUCUUUACAAUGCAGAGGAUUUUCAACUCAUUCGUGUACACAGAGAAGACAUCAAACGGAGAGACAGAAGUGCAGCAGCUGGCUAAGAAGAUUCGGGAGAAGUUUAACCGUUACCUGGAUGUGGUGAACAGGAACAAACAGGUGGUGGAGGCCUCCUACACUGCCCACCUCACCUCCCCGCUCACAGCAAUCCAGGACUGCUGCUCCAUACCGGCGUCCAUGAUGGAGUUUGAUGGAAACUUCAAUACCAACGUCUCCAAGACCAUCUGCUGCGACAGACUCUCACCCACAGUCAACAGCAGAGCUUUUAACCCGGGACGAGACCUCAACUCAGUGCUGGCUGACAACCUGAAGUCCAACCCGGGGAUAAAGUGGCAGUACUUCAGCUCGGAGGAGGGCAUCUUUACGGUCUUUCCUGCCCACAAGUUUCACUGCAAAGGAAACUACGAGCACCGCAGCCGGCCUGUGUACGUCUCUGCAGUGCGCCCACAGUCCAAACACAUUGUUGUGAUGGUCGACCAUGGAGUGUCCAUAACAGACACCCAGCUUCAAAUCGCCCGGGACUCUGCACUGGUCAUCCUCAACUCCAUUGACGAACAUGACAAGAUCUCCAUCCUGUCAGUGGCAGAAACGGUUCGCUCCUGUUCUCUAGACCAGUGCUACAAGAGUCUGCUGUCUCCAGCCACCAGCGAGACGAAGAGGAAGAUGAGCACCUUCAUUUCCAACAUCAAGGCCUCAAAUGGAGCCACUCAACAUGCUUCCGGCUUCCAGAAGGCUUUCCAGCUACUCCGCAACACCAGCAGCCUCAGCAGACACAUCCCCACCACAGACAUGGUUAUCAUCUACCUGUCGUCUGGAGUUACGUCUCGAGAGACGUCUGAGCUGGAGAAGAGAGCCACUCUCAGUGUGGUCAGAGAGGAGAACCGACACCUCAACAACUCUGUCAUGAUCCUCACUUACGCCCUCAUGAACGAGGGAGUCACGGGCUUGAAGGAGCUGGCCUUCCUCAGAGACCUCGCUGAGCAGAACUCAGGAAAGUACGGCGUUGAUCGAACAUUCAGCCGAGAGCGCGCCGCUGCUGUGGCGCCGCCCAGCUCAGCUGGAGCCUCAGUGAUGCCGGUGGUGAAGGGCAGCAUGAUGGUGCUGAACCAGCUGAGCAACCUGGAGACGACCGUGGGACGGUUCUACAUCAAUCUGCCCAAUCGCAUGAUCGACUUGGCCCGCUUCAGCCUGCCCUACUCCGACCCCAUGGGAGACGGGUUCAUCAUGACCGUGAGUCGGCCCUGUUACUUUGGUAACAUGCUCCUGGGUGUGGUCGGGGUGGACGUGAACCUGGCCUACAUCCUGGAGGACGUCACCUACUACCAGGACUCUUUGGCUUCAUACACCUUCCUCAUAGACAACAAAGGUUACACCCUGAUGCACCCGUCUCUGACACGGCCCUACCUGAUGACAGAGCCUCCCCUGCACACAGAUAUCAUCCACUAUGAGAAUAUCCCAGGAUUCCCAGCUGUCCGGCAGAACAUCCUCAGCCUUCCGUUGGGCAGUCAGGUCAUCACUGUGCCAGUUAACUCCUCCCUGUCCUGGCACACCAACCGACUCAGGGACAACAGCAAAGAGGCGUACAACGUCAGCUACGCCUGGAAACUGGUCCAGGACACGUCCUUCAUCCUGUGCAUCAUGUACGUGCAGCCGGAGAUCCCGGUGAAGCAGCUGAAGAACCUGAACACGGCUCCGAGCUCCAAGCUGCUCUACCAUCGUCUGGAUCUGCUGGGUCAGCCCACUUCCUGUCUGCACUUCAAGCAGCUCGCCACCGUUGAGUCCCCCACUGUGAUGCUAUCAGCUGGUAGCUUCUCCUCCCCCUACGAGCACCUGAGUCAGCCGGAGACCAAGCGGAUGGUGGAGCACUACACGGCCUACCUGAGCGACAACACGAGGCUCAUUGCCAAUCCCGGCCUCAAGUCCUCCGUCAGGAACGAGGUUAUGGCGACCAGUCACGUUACGGAUGAAUGGAUGACACUAAUGGAACAGAGUAGUCUCAACUGCUACAUUGUGCGCCGUUACAUAGCAACGCCCAGCGGGGUGCUCCGGAUCUACCCGGGAUCGCUGAUGGACAAAGCCUUCGACCCGACCCGCAGACAAUGGUACCAGCAUGCUGUGGCCAACCCCGGUCUCAUCACCUUCACCGGUCCGUACCUGGAUGUUGGCGGGGCGGGAUACGUCGUCACCAUCAGCCACACCAUCCACGCCUCCAGUUCCCAGAUGGCCCCUGGUUAUGCGAUUGCAGUGAUGGGCAUCGACUUCACUCUCCGCUACUUCUACAAGGUCCUUCUGGAUCUGCUGCCCAUCUGUAACCAGGACAAAGGCCAUAAGAUCAGAUGUUUCAUAAUGGAGGACAGAGGCUACCUGGUUGCCCAUCCCACUCUCAUUGACCCUAAAGGUCAUGCUCCUGCAGAACAGCAGCACAUUACACACAAGGAGCCGCUGGUGGCCAACGACAUCCUGAAUCAUCCCAACUUUGUCAAGAAAAACCUCUGCAACAGCUUCAGUGACCGCACGGUGCAGCGCUUCUACAAGUUCAACACCAGUAUAACGGGUGACCUCACCAACCUCGUCCACGGCAGCCAUUGUUCCAGGUACCGCCUGACCAGAAUCCCCGGCACCAACGCGUUCGCCGGCAUAGUCAACGAGACGUGCGACUCUCUGGCGUUCUGCGCCUGCAGCACGGUGGACCGCCUCUGUCUCAACUGCCACAGGAUGGAGCAGAAUGAGUGCGAGUGUCCAUGUGAGUGUCCUCUGGAGGUCAACGAGUGCACGGGCAACCUCACCAACGCUGAGAACAGGAACCCCAGCUGCGAGGUGCAUCAAGAGCCAGUCAGUCUGAAUGUGAUCGAUCCCAGUCUGCUCGACACGUUGCCCCAGUGCAUCAACACCCGCUGCAGUCAGAGAUACACCAGCAGUGACUGUUUCGGUGUGUUGGACUGUGAGUGGUGCAUGGUGGACAGCGAUGGUAAGACUCGCCUGGACAAGCCGUACUGUGCCCUGCAGAAGGAGUGCUUCGGAGGCAUCGUUGGUGCCAAGAGUCCGUACGCAGACGGUUUGGGAAUUCUGGAUGAGGAGGUGGCGCCUUUGAACAUGAUCAAGAGCGCCCCUGUGGGUCCGGUCGCUGGGGGCAUCAUGGGAUGCAUCAUGGUGCUGGUGCUGGCCGUGUACGCGUACCGACACCAGAUCCACAGACGCUCACACCAGCACAUGUCGCCGCUGGCUGCACAGGAAAUGUCCGUAAGGAUGUCCAACCUGGACAACGAGCGAGACGAGAGGGACGAAGACAGCCAUGAGGACAGAGGAAUCAUCAGUAACACCCGGUUUAUCGCCGCGGUGAUCGAGAGACACACUCACACCCCUGAGCGGAGACAGAGAUACUGGGGCCGAUCCGGGACAGAGAGUGACCACGGCUACAGCACCAUGAGUCCACAGGAGGACAGUGAGAACCCACCAGGAAACAACGACCCGCUCUCUGCAGGCGUCGAUGUGGGUAACCACGACGACGACUUGGACCUGGACACCCCCCCUCAGACAGCUGCAUUGCUAAGCCACAAGUUCCACCCUUACAGACACACGCACACACACCACCACCCGCUGCACACGCACACACACCACCUGCAGGCUGCGGUGACCGUGCACAGCGUAGACGCGGAGUGUUGAUCCUGCAGAGAUUACACUCUUUAUUACAAAAAUGACACUGUGCCCGAUUAGAAGGCAUACUCUGCAUACUUUCAGGUUAGAUGGAUGGAUGACAGGAAGAAGACCCACAGCUGGAUGGAGCACCUCGUAGCUGCUAGGAUCUUCUGAUUGAAGUCACCGGCAACCAUAGUGGCAACAUAUCUGCCUCUCUUAUUCCAUCCAGCAAUAAGAAACUUCGGCCAGUACAUAAAAGCAAGUGGGAUUAUUUUUGUCCUCUGAAGGAAUCAGGACUCACAGCUACAAGCAGAACUUUUAGGAGCAACAAAUGCCAGUUUGAGCCUGAUGAGAUACGACUGAGGACAGGGUACAGCUGGAGGUUUUAAAGAGAAGCAAAAAUCAAUAUUUUUCAGUAUUGGACAGAACAAUGAUGGGUUUCUCUGGACUGCCGUCUCCUGAAAAGACAGUUGUCCUGCAAAGGCCUCUUGCAGGAGCACUCGCUGCAUUUUGGAAAACUGGAGUGUCUGUGGAAGAAUUUCUAGUUGUGCUUUUUCCUAAACACCAGGAGGUUAAUCCAACGUAGCGUCUGAACUUUUUACCCUCCUUGAGGCAGAAAAAAAAGACCGGAGCUGCGUUUGCCUGAACGUUGCAGCCUUUCCUCUGAAGGAGAGGCUUCUGGAUUCACCAACAAACACUGACGUUUCCAUGAGUGUCUGUUAACUCCAAUGUAGGACAAAGCUUCAGCGAUAAACACUAAGAGGACAAUAUUAUUUUUUCUAAUAUUUAUUAAAGAGGUUUCAAGAACAUUGAAAUAAUAUUAGUGAUAAAAACAAGGACAUGAAGUAGUUUUGUAACUGGCUCAUUAUUUUCAGUCUUUAAAGUUCCUCAUUCGGAAUGUAAAAUUAAUCAACAGCAUAAUUUUUAGUUGGAAUGAAGGUUUAUGACUACAGUUUGUAUAAAAUUGAAUGUUUUACUACUUUAAACCUAUUUUAAGAGUCAAGGCUUUAAACACUCCCAAUUUUGGUUUUCAAUCAAAAACACCUUUUGGGCCAAUUCGAAAUCAUGUUUUAAACUUAAAAAGUACAUUUUUGUUAAAUGUUCAUUUAAAAAGAAAAGAGUGAGCCAUAUCCACCUUAGUGUCAGAGCAUUUGGGAGAAAGUGGUUUGUGUCACGUAGCACAUAAUUCUGUUUUCUGAAGUUCUUCUGAGAUGAUGCUUGCUGAUCUGGUUCUAAUAUAUCUAAGCAUGUGGAGACUGAACCUUGGUGCUGGAGAAGGCCAUUCGACCUCCUGGGGGCAGAUCAAAGCUAAGCAAAGCAGAAAAUAAAAUAUUAAAAUCUAUUAAAAAAACAUUCCUGGUUGUAGAGACUGCUGGGGAUCCUGAAAGCUGUCCUGAAUAAGGAGCCUGACUCUCCUCCCUUUCCGGUCGGUUCACUCGUCCCCGUCAGAAUGAAAAUGGGAAUGCGAGUCAACGAGGCUAAAAACGCUAUUUUCUAAUUCGCUUAGCCUUACGCCCUGGCUCGCACAUGUGUUGUACUGCAAUUUAAAUGAAAAGUAAUGAUGGGUGCUUCGACCACACAAGUCACGUACUUUGAGAUUUCACCUAUACGACGUUCCGCCACAUAAUCUCCUCUCCCCUAGCGUGGCUGCUACUCACCACAUGACCAGAUUUAUGGUGGUUCUUUCCUCCUAUGGGAAGUUUGCUGAACUUACAGCCCUUUUCCCUCAGUUUUCUCCGUGUCUGGUUCGAUGACAUUCAUUUAUUCGAUGACUUUUGUAAAGUGCAGUUGUAGUUCCUGGACUUAUUUUCACACAAAACCUAAAAUAGCGCUUUCCCCCGUUUGAAAAUAAGCACGUUCUUGGUAUCAAAAUGCAUCUUUAAAAUCCACGGACAUCAUAUGUUUAAUCCGUGGCACAAAACAAGUGGAAUUAGAAAACGUCAGUUUUAGCCCCAUUGACUUCCAUUCAUUUUUUUCAUUCUUCCGGGGACCUGUGGUCCAGAAGUAGAUGGGCGUGACUUAGGCUCCCUAUAGAAAAAAGCGGGUGAUUUUCUACAACCUUUUGCCUCUGAGGCCAAGCUGAUGCUGCACGUUUUUUAUGUUUGAGUUCUGAACGGUUUUCAGCGACGUCCAUGAUGCUGUUUCCUCGAGUGAAUGAGAUGCUGCUGCUGUGCAGAGGUUACGAUCAUCUGUCCGUUCCUCUGUGGGAACCACUCAAAAUGGGAUUUUGUGUGUGUGUGCGUGUGUGUGUGUGUGUGUGAUGAAAGCAUGAUUAUCCACCUGGAACAUUUUCACUGAACACAUUAUUUUGACAACAUAGUAUUACACAGGUUUGGAUGAACAUAUAAAAUGUUGAGGAGUUCUCAACCGGAUCUGAUCUUUGUGAGGUUUGAUGGUUUGUCUGGUCAGAUCCCGUCGGUGUGACAUUUGCUUUUACUCCAGAGUGUUUUCACGUGUUCAUUUUGACAGUGUAAAUACGGAGUCACGGCUCGUUAUUAGUGUCCUGGACACUCAUUUAAAAAACAACACAGAACUGGUAAGAUACGAUGUAAGCUUCAUAGUGUCUCAAUAUAUUUUUGAUGCCUUGGAUGUUUUCUUUAGGCUUAUUUUUCUUUAGGUCCACAUUGGAUGGAAGUCUGUACUUUUAUUAUACAUGUUUACGUUUAAGAGAAUUAUAGUUUUUAAAGGUUUAAUGUGCGUUUGUGGAAAUUCUAUAAAAACCCGCCAGAUUUUAGAUUUUGUGAUGCAACAGCUUUUCAGUGAGUUCUGACCAAAACAAAAGCCUCACAGUGGCUUUGGGGUUACUGUAAGCAGCACUAUGAUUGUUUGGCAACGAUAGUCAUUCAUGCCCAUUUUAGUGACUUCAUUAAAAGUUUAUUUUCAAAUGUUGUAAAUCAUCAAGUCUUUGUUUAUUCCCAGCUCUUUGUGGUCCUUAAACUCCUGAAUGCUUGUGUUUUGUGUCUUUCUUGUGUCUUGAUUGGUUUUAGGUUCAUGUAGAAGAUGUUUAAUGAAGAAGUGUUUUUUCCUCUGAAUUGAGUCCAUCAUUUUUUGUUCCUGGAAAGCCUUUAAACAGUAUUUACCAGCUGUUGUGUGGACAAGUCUAUAUGUAUGUAUACAGAACCUGAAGGAACAUGUGUACGUCACCCUCGCCCCAAAUGUAUCAUAUAUAAAGUUAUCAGACUGACUUUUAUUGCCAUGUGAAUGUGAUAAAGUACAUUUUACACUUAAA